AUGCGCGGUCUGAAGUGGCCAUGUGCGGUGCAAGGCGCAAGCGACAGGAGCGAAUGCGGUUACACAUGCGUUGGCCUGCCUCAGAGGGGAGGUGACGUGGCAGGGCGUCAGAGGGGAGGUGACGUGGCAGGGCGUCAGAGGGGAGGAGGUGACGUGGCAGGGCGUCAGAGGGGAGGUGACGUGGCAGGGCGUCAGAGGGGAGGUAACGUGGCAGGGCGUCAGAGGGGAGGUGAUGACGUGGCUGAGCGACGGCGUGCACGGCCCAGAGGGGAGGUGACGUGGUGGGGGAGCGCGCUGCACGGGUGUCAACUGUCUGAACAUCAGUGGCGGAACGAGCAGUGGCGGAGAGCGCAUGUGCGCGGAAUGCUGCGCGCACCCAUGGCGCGCGCGCGCGUGGUGUCCAUCGACGACCUCGUCGUCUCCGCCCGCCACCUGCCCCGCCCGCCGCUGGAUACGAGUCUGGGGGGGGGCGCGGGGAGGGCGAGGUGGGGCUCCCCUGCUCCGCGGCCCGCUGCCGCGCUGCCAGCCACCUGCCAGCGUGGCAGCACCGGGUGUGGGGAGAGUGACGUGGAGAGGUGGGGCAUGGUGUGUGCGCGCCACGUGGCGAGUGGGCGGCAGGUGAAUGUGUUUGUGUACACCCACCCACUCAUCCACCCCACGAUGCACCCCAGCAUCAGCAUGCGACGGCAGUGCCCCAUCCCCCAGGGACUCUCAGAGGGGGCGACCUUUUCUCUCCAAAACGCCCUGCUGCUGCCCGCCGCAACCGCCUCUGCUGUCAGCUCAGGUGACCUUGCCAUCUGCCGCGGGCCUGCUGGGCUGCAAGCACAAGGGAAUGCAUCGAAUGAUGCAGCACAUGACAGCAGGGGCGGUGAGGGCGGGCAGUCAGGCCAAGAGGUGGUGCGAGUGCGGAUGGUCGCUUGCUCCCACAUGCUGCUGCUCUCCCCUGCCCCUCCUCCCCCGGCCCCUCCUGCUGAUGCUAUUGCUUCUGCGACUGCUACUCCCCCUCCUCCUCCUCCUCCUCCUCCUCCUCCUCCUCCUCCUCCUCCUCCUCCUCCUCCUCCUCCUCCUCCUCCUCCUACUGGUUUCAACCAUGUUCCGCCCAGGCUCCCCCCACAGCAUUCUGCCACAAGUGCAACCAUGCCUGCUGCCGUGCCUGCUCCCGUGCCUGCUCCCAUGCCUGCUGCUGCAGCAGCGACAGAGGGUCGAGUGAGAGGGGGUGGUGUCGGAAGGAGUUCUGAUUGGGAUAGAGCGGAGGGGGUGCAGGAGAGAUGGCGCGGUGACAUGGGCGGUAGAGGAGGGACGAGGGUGGAGGAGAGAUGGUGCAGUGGCAUGGGAGGAGGGGUGGCAGGAGGAGGUGUGGGUGGAGGAGGGGUGGCAGGAGGAGGUGUGGGUGGAGGAGGGGUGGCAGGAGGAGCGGGUGGAGAGGGAGUGCGCACUCGAUGCUGGCUAGCAGCAGUGCACUACGUGCGCCUGCUGCCUGUGUGCCCGCCUGCCCUGCCGCUGUCAGCAUAUGUGUGUGAGGGAGGGGAGGCCUUGCUUCGCCCCACCCAUGGGCUUGGGCGGCAGCAGGCAGGGGGGCAGCAGGGAGAAAUGGAAGAAAAUGCUUGUGCGAGAGGGUGGAGGGCGGCAGGGGAUAGAAUGGAUGGGCAUGCAUCAAGGGAUGGCGAUGGUAGGGAGGGUUCUGGUGUGCUGCAUGAAAGGGAGGAGGAGGAAGAAGCGGUUAGUGGUGGGAGGGAGGAGGCGGAAGCGUGUCCGAUGGAGGAAGAGGAGAGCGGAGGGAACAAGGGUGAGGAAGAAACGGGAGGAGGAGAGAGAGAGGCAGAAGGGAUUGCAGAGGAGGAGGAAACUGGAAAAGAGUGUGCAGAGAAGCAUGUGGGUGGGCGGAAGGAGUGGUGGCAGGAGGUGCUAGAAGCGUUUAGGGAGGAGGAGCGUGAGGUGGAGAGGAGCGCAGUGGAGGGGUGCUGGACGGUGGGGCGUGGAGGCGGGGAGAUGAGAUGUGAUGACCAAAGGGGAGAGUGUGAGCGAGUGAAUGGUGUGAGCAUGGAAGGGAGUGGUUGGAGUGAUGAGGAUUUGGAAGAGAGUGAGAGAGAAGGGGACGGGAGGGCAGAGCACAGUGAAUUGAGAAGUGCAACGAGGAGGGAAGGGGGAGCGAGUGGAAAUGAGACAGGUGUAAACAAGGCGAGUGGAGACAUGGCGAGUGGUGACGAGUGGAUGGAAGGUGAUGAUGAUGGGGGCACAGAGGCAUGGAGGGAGGGGAGUGGAUGGGAUGAUGAGGAUGAGUGCAUGCGAGAGGGGCAGGAAGGGCAGGAGGGGCAGGAGAGUCAGGAGGGGCGUGCACGAGAGGAGAGUGAGGCGGAGAGGGAGGAGGAGAGUGAGAAGGAGAGGGAGGAGAGUGAGGAGGGGAGGGAGGAGGAGAGGGAGGAGGAGAGUGAGGAGGAGAGGGAGGAGGAGAGGGAGGAGGAGAGGGAGGAGGAGAGUGAGGAGGAGAGGGAGGAGGAGAGGGAGGAGGAGAGUGAGGAGGAGAGGGAGGAGGAGAGUGAGGAGGAGAGGGAGGAGGAGAGGGAGGAGGAGAGUGAGGAGGAGAGGGAGGAGGAGAGUGAGGAGGAGAGGGACGAGGAGUGGAAGGAGGAGAGGGACGAGGAGAGUGAGGAGGAGAGUGAGGAGGAGAGUGAGGAGGAGAGUGAGGAGGAGACCUUUUCACUCUGCCCCAUCGUCUUUUCCCCCUCCUUCCUUCCCCUCCCCCUUUCCCCUCCCCCAUUCCCCUCCCCGCUCCCUCUUUCCCCUCACCCUUUCCCCUCCUUUCCCGUCAACCUUUUCCCUCCCCCGCUCCCCAUUCCCCCUCCCUCCCCUGCAGACAACGGCAACCGCACCUUCCGAGCAGCUGCCAGUGGCUCCGAAGCGGCGCUUCUCCUCUUCGCCGCCUGUCUGCCGCCCCUCCCGUGCUCCUGCCACCCAUGCCGGACGGCACGGCUUGGCGCAUCUGCAAAUUCGGCAUGGCAGGCAACAGAGGGAUGGGCGCGAAAUGCAAGGGGAGGGGGCGUGAGGGAGGCGGACGGGAGGGAGGCGGAGAGGAGGGCGGCGGAAGGGAGGGCGGUGGUGGGGUGGGGAGACGUGCAGCUUUUGAGUCGACUGGAAGGCCAGCAGGGUGUCAAAGCAGGGGAGAUGUGGAAGGCGGAGUGGAAGGAGGUGCAGCGGCGGGUGCGGAGACUGGUAUGUGAGCGGGGGGUGGUUGAGGUCGGGGUGGGUAGCAUGGGAUGGGGCGAGGAGGGGAGGAGGACAGGGGGAUGGAAGGAGGGGAGUGGUGCGAGGAAGAGGGGUGCUUCUGAUGUGGAGAGUGGGUGUGGUCAGGAUGUAAGGCAGGAGAAAACGGAGGAGGAGAAGGAGAUGGAGGCAGCAGAGAGGGGGUUAACUGGGGCAGGUGCUUCUCGGAAUGUGCAGGUGGCAUGUGGAGUGAUGGGCGUGAGUGGGGCAUUGCCGUCAGCUGCACAGGCGCACGUACAAGAUGCGGCAAACGUGUGGACAAGCAGAGCAGAGGGGGCAAGCAGGGCAGGGGGGCCACAUGCAUGCUUACUGCCAAACUCUUUGCUGGGUGCUGCUGCAACAGUGGAGGGGCGGGAAGUGGAUGGGAGGGAGGAGGAGGGUAGGGAGGAGGAGGGUAGGGAGGAGGAGCGAAAGGAGGAGGAGGGGAGGGCGGAGGCAGGGGAGGUGCAAAUAGGGGAACGCCCUCUGCUGGCGCUGCUGAUGGCCAUGGCUGUGCGACAACGUCCCCAGGUACCGUGGCAUGAAAUGGCAGGGCGGGGGAUGGCAGGGUUGGGGGAUGGCAGUGUGGGGAAUGGCAGGGUGGGGGAUGGCUCCCCUGUGCUUCGCUCUCCCUGUGCUUCGCUCUCCCUGUGCUUCGCUCUCCCUGUGCUUCGCUCUCCCUGUGCUUCGCUCUCCCUGUGCUUCGCUCUCCCUGUGCUUCGCUCUCCCUGUGCUUCACUCCCGCUGUGCUGUCCUCCCUCAGAUGGUUCACCUCCUGCCAGCCACUGA